GUGUAAGGAGAAUGUAUGUGUGUGAGAGGGUGAGAAUGAAUUAUGUCUUGUACGGCCCCUCAUAGAAAUGUGCUUCCUUGCAUUGGACACUAGAGGCAUCAUCCAUAUAUUUACAGAUCUACGGACACCAGUCGUCGGACAUGCGUAAGUGGAAACGAGGCAUAUUGUAUCAGGUCACAAAAAGACUUGGCUGGCUUACUUGUAAAUUGUUUUGUGAAGGUUGUUGUGUUGUCUAACAUUUCUAUAUGGUUUUUAUGUCAGCGGUCAUUCUUGGUGGAUAUGGAUUGUAAAUAUGGAUAUCUUUGUUGGUAGUAAUGAGUAACUUAAAGCCCUGUUUCUUUGUCAGAGAGUAACAGUUGCUGUAUCCCUUCUAGAGUUCAAGGCUGCAUUUGACAUCUUUAUUCAGGAUGCAGAGGACGGCUGCAUCAGCACAAAAGAGCUGGGAAAGGUGAUGAGGAUGCUGGGACAGAAUCCCACCCCUGAGGAGUUACAGGAGAUGAUUGAUGAGGUGGAUGAGGAUGGCAGUGGCACAGUCGAUUUUGACGAGUUCUUGGUAAUGAUGGUCCGCUGCAUGAAGGAGGAGAGCAAAGGAAAAUCAGAGGAGGAGCUGGCUGAACUGUUCCGCAUGUUUGAUAAGAACGGAGAUGGCUACAUAGACCUAGAAGAGCUGAAGGCCAUGCUGCAGUCCACUGGAGAAGCCAUCACGGAAGAUGACAUUGAGGAGCUGAUGAAGGAUGGAGACAAAAACAAUGAUGGAAAAAUUGAUUAUGACGAGUUCCUUGAGUUCAUGAAAGGUGUCGAAUAAAGGAUUCAGCUCAAGGCCUCAUUGACUGCAUCAAGAUCUAUGUCCAUCACUGAAGACAAUGUUGAACACAGAGCUUUAAUCUGCAUUUAACAAUAGAAACAAUGUACCUGUCCUCAGCA